AUGGCCGUUUCAAGUUUCCACCGCGUUUUAACUUUUGAGUGUCGUUCAGAUCCCGAUUUCGCAUCUCUUCCUUCCUUCGACAACCGUCGUACUCGUCAUUUCCCAACCGCUGCCGUUUCCGUCGCGUUUUACGCCGCUUCAUCUCCAAUCCUUCGUUUUCCUCCCAACUUUCAGCGUCAACUCAGCACCAAAGCUCGUCGUAACUGUAGCAACAUCGGUGUCGCGCAAAUCGUAGCUGCUUCGUGGUCUAAUGAAGGUUCCGGUAACCCCGCCGCUGGGGCUCCUCCGGUGCCUGCCGUUGCAUCAACUGUUGAUGCGACUACAGCGCCUCCCCCGUUAGACCUCGACGCCGUCGCCGACGAAAAUGUUGUCGCCGUUGAUGAAAAUGGGGCUGUACAGACUAACCGUAGUUCUUAUUCUAAGUUUUUGAAAUCCGAUGCAAGCAAAACGAUUCAUGCCGCUGAAAGACUAGGUAGGGGUAUCGUGACUGAUGGAAUUACCACUCCUGUGGUGAACACUUCUGCCUACUUUUUUAAGAAAACCGCUGAUCUUAUUGAUUUUAAGGAGAAACGUCAGACUAGUUAUGAAUAUGGGCGCUAUGGCAAUCCAACCAGUACUGUUUUAGAGGAGAAGAUAAGUGAACUCGAAGGAGCUGAAUCAACUGUCUUAAUGGCAUCUGGAAUGUGUGCUAGCAUAGUCUUGUUGAUGGCGCUGGUUCCAGCUGGUGGACAUCUUGUGACUACUACAGAUUGUUACCGGAAGACUAGGAUUUUUAUAGAGACUGUGCUUCCAAAGAUGGGGAUCACGACCACCGUGGUUGAUCCUGCUGAUGUUGGAGCCUUGGAAUCUGCAUUGGAGCAGAACAAUGUGUCUCUUUUCUUCACUGAGUCUCCUACCAAUCCAUUCCUGAGAUGUGUUGACAUUAAGCUGGUUUCAGAGCUUUGCCAUAAGCAUGGGGCUUUGCUCUGUAUUGAUGGUACAUUUGCAACUCCUUUGAACCAGAAGGCCCUUGCCCUUGGUGCUGAUUUGAUUAUGCACUCUUGUACAAAGUACAUGGGUGGACAUCAUGAUGUCCUUGGUGGAUGCAUAAGUGGCUCUGAUAAGUUGAUUUCACAAAUUCGAAUUUUGCAUCAUAUUUUGGGCGGUGCUCUUAACCCGAAUGCUGCAUACCUAUUCAUCAGAGGCAUGAAAACAUUGCAUCUUCGUGUACAGCAGCAGAAUUCAACCGGAAUGAGGAUGGCCAAACUUUUAGAGGCACAUCCCAAGGUGAAGCGUGUAUACUAUCCAGGCUUGCCUAGUCAUCCUGAACACGAGCUUGCCAUGAGGCAAAUGACUGGUUUUGGGGGCGUUGUCAGUUUUGAGAUAGAUGGAGAUCUAACAACCACAAUAAAAUUUGUGGAUUCACUUAAAAUCCCAUAUAUUGCAGCCUCUUUUGGUGGCUGUGAGAGCAUUGUGGAUCAACCGGCCAUUUUGUCUUACUGGGAUCUUCCUGCAUCAGAAAGGGCCAAAUAUAAGAUUUAUGACAAUUUGGUUCGCUUCAGCUUCGGAGUUGAAGAUUUUGAGGAUUUGAAGGCUGAUAUCCUGCAAGCUCUGGAAGCCAUAUAG